AAAACUUAAGGUCUUUAUUGGACCCCACUUCACAACUCACCCUUAAAUUUUAAUCAACUUUUUAAUAUAAGAAAAAAGUUUAAGCAUAGAAAAGUUAUACAAAAUCAAAAACACUUUCAAGUUUCAAUCUCUUCCUACCUACUAAUUUCCUAUGGAGGAUUUUCAAAGAUCAAAAUCUUAUGCAAAUGGCCAAAUGAUGCAGAUAGAAAGUUACUAUGGAGGACCACCUAAACCUUAUGAUCUUAGAAGCUAUAGUUCUUCUUAUGUACAACAAGCUCCUAAGGAUUUGAAGUUGAAGAAAGGUAAAAGCUUUACAUCUGGGUCUUCUUUUUCAAAGACUUUGAGUUUUGCUGAUCCUGAACUUCAGAGGAAGAAAAGAGUUGCUAGUUAUAAAAUGUAUUCUGUUGAAGGUAAAGUCAAAGGUUCUUUCAGAAAGAGUUUUAGAUGGCUUAAGAAUAAGUACUCACAAGUUGUUUAUGGUUGGUAGAGAUUUUAGUGUUUUUGCAAACUUUAUUUAAUUUGAAAAGUUUUAAAUUUUAUGUUCUGUUAAGAAAUUUGAGUUGUGUAUUGUUCUAUAGAAGAAUUGUAGAUAAAUUAUUAUUGGGUUAUGAUCUUAUCGGUUUACUUGAUUUCAUUAAGACUUUUGUUUAUACUUAUUACAUGUUAUAAAGUUAGUUAAUUAUUGGGAAUCAAAUUACUAGUAUAUUGUUUUUGUUGUUGAGGAUUUUAAUUUUGUCAUGAUUGGUGUUAAUUACUGUGUAAUGAUCUUUGUAGUAUUUCUUAGACUUGUGUAAUCUGUACCUUAGGAAUAUUCAAUUUUAAUAACAUGAUUAUCAUCUUCAAUAA